AAUAACGCAAAGCAGGCAUACUGCGUUGGCACGCCGGAGAACAAUGAUUUUUCACGGCCUCGGCGCUUUGUGGAAGUGACGCUGCAUGGGCUCGUGCGCUGGCCUCGCACCUGCGAGGAGUCAGCUCCCCGUUGGAUGCCCCGUUGUGCCGCCGAAUCUGCGAGGCGUGUUGCACCAAAAAAUCCGGCGACGACGCCAUCUGCUGUGCCCGCCAUGUUCACAUUGCCGGCAGCAGCGUUCUGUGCUAUCGUUAUUAUAUCUGUCACAACUCAAGCAGACGCCCAAUUAAAAGGCUUUCCAACCUCGCGAUGUAGCGUUGUGCAAAUUCCGGAUGUCAUGGGUAUCAGGCAGUGUCUGAACGGAACGCUGAACCUUUGUGGAUUAACUAAGCAUGACCGAAAAGUCGCCUCCAAGGCACUUGGCAAGUGCCUCGUGUCGUCGCUGUCCACAAGGAACUUCUUCACCGUGCUCUUGGGGCUGCUGAGAGCUGGUUUGCGAUUCGCUCUGCGAAUUGCUUUUCCUGGCUCUACCUCCGUGGUGUAUCCAUUCUGGGUACGAGUGAAAAGCUUCUUCCGGAGGAGGAAGCAGCCUGAGGCCAGCACAAUUAUUUUCACGUCCAGGCCAUGCAACGACACAGUUCCAGUUCUCUUUCCAGAUUUCCUCGGCAUGGCUGAUUGCGUUCACCUCGAACACUUCAUGUGCAGCACGACAGGCCAGAUGGACAUUGGAUCAACGUUGGUGACGUCAAUGCUGUCCAUGGUCGUGUGUAUCCUCAAGAAGCUGCCGUUCUUCAACGUGCUGCGGCUACUGAGAGAAGUGGUGUGCAACUUCUUGACACUUGUGGUCAACUUCUUCAGGAACAACAAACGCCUGAGCUUCAUGGCGCCUCUCAUGGAACUGGUUCAGAUAAUAUUGCAAUGUAAAAUUGAAGAAGCCUUACCUAUGCCGCCAGUAGCGCUCCCAACUACGCCGCCGCCAGUACUGCCCCCAGCUGUGCCCCCGCAAGAAGCGCCCCCAACUGUGCCGCCGAAAGAAGUGGCCCCACUUGCGCCGCCAGAAUCGUCCCCAGCUCCGGCACCAACAGUAUCCACCCCGCCUGUGCCUGCAAAACUGUACCCAUCUUUGCCGCCACAAGCGACCUCAUCUGUGCCGGCAGGAACGGCCCCAUCAGUACCACCAGAAGCGGCCCCGUCUGCGCCGACAGACGUCUCACCUGUGCCGUCAGAGGCCUUAACUGAGACGGCAGAGGUUUCAUCUGCUGCUGUGAAGACAGCACAUUUGUUACCGGAAAAUGGACUUCCGGGGAAUGGCUUAAACACCAAUGGCCAAUAAAGGCGCACUUACAAACGCUAUACAGGAAACGCAAAAACGUGCUCUAUAAUAAACAGUAAUGAGUAUUUAACGCAGAAGCAACACCACGAUAUAAUAAUAAAUGUUAAGGUUUUACGUCCCAAAACCACGACAUGAUUCUGUGGGAUGCCGUAGGGGAGGGCUCCGAAAAUUUUGAUCAUCCGGUGUUCUUUAAUGUGCAAUUAAAUCUACGUACACGGGCAGCAUGUCAUCCCCAAUCGAAAUGCGGUCGCCGCUGCCAGGAUUCGAUCCCGCGACCUUCUGAUCAGCAGUCGAGCACCAUAACCGCUAGACCACGUCGGUGGGUCGCAACACCACGAAAAAGGAGAGACACAAAUGAGGGUCUUUGUCGUCUUUGUGCUGCUUAUACGAUAAA